AUGAACGCACACCGUGGACGUGGCGGCCUGCCAGGGCCGGUGGUUGUGGCGGCAUGUGCUGAGCGCGGGGCGUUUGGGCGUGCGCUGGCCAAGCAGAAGCGGCUGAAGGUGCGGACGGGCGCGGUGGAGGCGCCGCUGCAGGCAGUGGUGGCCGGCACGGGCGUGUUGAUGGUGCUGGAGGGUGCGGUGGUGCUGGGCGGGGCGGAGGCGCUGGCAGAGACAGUGGCUAAUGCGGACGCUGCACGCGGCUCGCAGCUGCAGCAUGCGCUGGUCUUGGUGGAGCGGACGGUGGCGACGCUCGAGCCUGUCCGCGCGGCGCAGGUUGCCGCCGUCGCAGACUUUCCGGCCGUCCGGGUGGUCCCGGUCACAGGCAUCGACCAGGCAGCAAUGCUAGUGAGCCAGAUGUGGUACGGAGCACAGGCAGAAGCGCGUGCGGCUGCAUCGGCCUCGUCGACAUCGUCGAAUGCGGCGUCGGGCGCCGCUGCUCUGGUGCCCAUCGACGACGCGCUCCGCCGGGAGGCUUUGGUGGCGCACCUUGCUGCGAGCGUGUCGCGGCUGACACCGAUGGUUGCGCGUGAGCUGCUGACUGCGUUUGGCAGCCUGGAUGCUGUGGCUGCUGCGUCACCAGCUGAGAUGACCGCCACGGUGCGGUCGCUGGGCGACGCUGUGGCCGCCCGCAUUGCGGCUCUUUUCGACUCGCCACUCACAGAUUCAAGUUGGCGUGCCACCUCUUGCGCGGCCACGCCGACCGGCAAGCUCGCCCGUCGCAAGAAGAUCGACAACGUCCUCGCGCUUUCCCGUCCGGCCGCUUUGUUUAACUCUGUGAUGCUCAACUCCCCGCUCCGCACCGUCCGCGCCCGCCGCUCCUCCGGAUCGGCGCCGUACGGCACCUCGCGCGCCUCGCACAUGCUCCCAGGCGUCCGUCACCGCGGCGGCAACUCUGGCAUCUGUUGGGCGGGGGUCUACGUGUCGGCCGCCGUCACGCAUCUGCCGCGCCUCCCACCUCAAGCCGCAGGCCAAGCAGGCGUCACGCAGCGUCGGCCGGUGACCUGA